CUGCCUAAGCACCGAGGCCAUGCAACAACCACAUUCCUGAAGGUCAAUUUAAGCCCGGAUACCUGCCAUCCACCUGCCGCUUGUCCCUUCCCACACGCAACAAUUUACAAAUCCACCUCGCGUUGAACAACAACCUCCAGCUCAACUCCCAGCUCGACUCGCACCAUCCGCUCUCGCUCUCAAAAUCGAGCCCACGAACCUCAACCCCCAGCAACCAUGUCUUCCGCCAACGUGCUCGCCGCUCGGGACGUCAAUACGUCAAUGCCCGCGCAAGGCCAAAACCACAACGAGUCCGACGGAAACACCAAGCCCGAUGUUAUGAGCAUGGAGCACCACCGUCAGGUUUUCCAGUCCAAGAUGGAGCAGGGCGAGAACAAAACCUUCAUCUCCCCCUCCGACAACAUCAUGAGCCCCUGCACCGCCAAGCUGUCAGCCUUCCGCAGCAAGCAGGUCGGCAAGGGCAAGCCAAAAUCGCUCUUCGCACAGGCGUCAGCUAAGAAACUCGGCGCCGACGGAAGCAGCAACGGAGGCGGGCUCUUUGGCAGCAAGGCUGCGCCGACGGCACAGCGCGACAACCCUUUCGCCAACUGAGUUCCUCCUCAUCCGGUCAACACACAUGUCUUUUGCGCUUUCUUCCAUUCGACCGCAUAGAGCUUGGGCGAUUCAUCCCGCCGAGGCUUUUUUUUCUUCCUUUGCUGGCUGACGCCUAUUGCUAUCUUCGUCUCCUUUGUCUCUUUCUUCCGCUGCUGCUUUUACAUAGAAGGCAUGUUUUGUUUGCUGCCGAGAGGAGGGAUGGGUUGGUUGGUCUACCAUGGGGCGUUUUGGGGGAAUCUGUUGUUGUUUGGUCUUGUCUUGCUCUUGGUAUGGGGGGUUCGUUAUCAUCAGGGUACAGGGAGGGUGGAUGGGGGGUGUUAUGACUGGGUAUGACAGGAGCCACGCACAUGCCAAAACAUGGGGUAUCAAUAUCACGG